UUGACAAAACCCAUGGCUGCGCAUCGCCCUUUCUUCGUCAUCGUUCCUGGCGCAGCACAGAACCCAGCUCACCAUGGCUAUCUGAGCCAUCUACUUCUACUCAAAGGCUACCCAGUCCUUAUGGCCUGGCUACCUUCAGUCGCAUCAGCAGAGAAGGUUACAGCGGCCGACGACGCAGCAUACAUUCGAAACAAAAUGAUUCUUCCCGUGCUGGACUAUGAAGGACACGAUGUGAUACUGAUCAUGCACUCUUACAGCGGCAUACCAGGUAGUGCUGCUGCUGCAGGGCUUGGCCAAGAGCGCAUCGCGCAAGGAAAGAAGACAAGUGUUAUCGGCCAAAUAUUCGUUACUUCGCUGUUGGCAACGGGAGGGGAGGGCAAAAGUACCACCGAGACCUAUGGAGGGGAGUUGCCGCCCCAUAUCUCCGCCGAUCCCGUUCUAGACCUGCUUCGAGGCAAUGAUCGUCGCGUCGAAGCUCUCUACAACGACGUACCCCAAAACCUCAUCGAUGCAGUCGCAGUAUCAGGACUGCCCCAGGGAAAAACAUCAUUGGAUUCGCCACUGCCGAGAGCAAGCUGGGACACAGAAGAGUACAAGGGCCGGGUGGCUUACAUCCGCGCGCUCAAGGACGUAGCCCACCCCGUGUCGCUCCAGCAGACGAUGCUUGACCUAGUGAAAGGUGUGGACUGGAUCAUCAAGGACAUCGAUAGUGGCCAUUGUCCUCAACUUUCUCGUCCUGAGGAAUAUGCUGAGAUACUUGUGGAGCUGGCUACAACCUUUAUGGCUUUGUAGUGUUCUCCAGGCCAAACGGCGUAUUGUCGCCAUUCGUGAUGAGUGUGUAAUAAUCGAAUGCAACUCCAUAUUCUACCUUAUUUCAGCGACAAUAUAUUGCCCCUCCCAGAUUUACAACUAUUCAACAAGCUUGAUAUGGGUUGAUCCAAUGAAAGGCCGAAAAUGAAUUGACGUGAUUACUAUCCUAGCGUUGCCUAAUCAAGUUAGCAAUGCCCGAUGUAGGCUAUGGUCGCGAGGGUGGAGAACUCUUCCUCCGUGUUCCAUCAAUAGAUUCAUUUGCCCUUCAAAUAGAAGCUCCUCUGGGAUCCUUGAAGUGUACAAUAUGAAAGGACAGAGGCGAUCGUUGCAGGAAAAACCUGCUGCACGCAGAAGACCCAUUGGAGUAUAUCACAGCGUCUUCACUCACUGC